CCUAGCAAGAAUCCCUUCUGACAAAUUAGGGCUGAUUCCUGGCUCUGACAACCAAUGAGAGACCAAGAACCGCCCUGCUGUCAGAAUUGUUAAUGUCGUCUGAAAAUUAUAAAGUUUUCGUCUUCAAUGCUCUGUGGAUCUUCAUACCAUACACCUUCUCUGAUCAUAAAAAAAAAAUUUUAAAUUCAGAAUUUUAGUUUUGUUCUACGACGAAAAACGAGACGAACAUAUUUUUAUCCCUGUUAUUUUAAAUCAAAGCUUCAAAAUUUCUACCAUGGGUCGAAACAGCAAGGUGAAAGAGAAGGAAGUAUUAGAUGAGCCUAGCCCAGGAGCUGCUGACGUUGAAGGAGAGUUCUCAGUUGAAAAAGUCAUGGAUCGUAGGGAAAGGAAUGGUAAAGUGGAAUAUUUUUUAAAAUGGAAAGGCUUUGGUGAAGAAGAUAAUACUUGGGAACCAGAAGAAAACUUGGAUUGUCCUGCUUUGAUUGCUGAAUUUGAAAAUGCUAGAAAAGAGAAGGAAAAAGGGAAAAAGAAAGAAAAUGAAAAGAAAGAAAAGAAACGUUCUUUAGCGAGUGAAGAUAGCGAUAUUAAGGCGGUUGAAGACAAAAAACCGACAAAGAAAAAGGCUUCGGAAUGCCCACCGCAGGAUGAUAUUCCGAGACCAAAAGGUUUUGAUCGAAAGCUGGAGCCUGAGAUGAUUAUAGGGGCUUCAAAUGAUACUGGCGAACUUUGCUUUCUGAUGAAGUGGAAAUCCAGUGAUGAGGCUGAUCUUGUACCGGCAAGCCAAGCUAACAGACUCUGCCCACAAGUCGUAAUCCAGUUCUAUGAAGAACGUCUUACGUGGCACAACAAUACAAGCAGUGAUGAAGCAAAAAGCAAAGAGAAAGAACGUGUGGAAUAAAAGUAAUGAAUGGUAAACCUCAACCAGACAUCGUUACGGUAAAGGUUGUUGUACAAAAAUAACCCAUGGACACGCACGAUGGAGCCGUGAAGCUUCCCUUUGAAUUCCUUGUUCUUAUAUUGCUUGUCUCUCCAUUCUUUCCGUGCCGGUUCUUACUGCUCGCCUUUUUUUUAUAUCAUUCGUGAUGAAUUGGAUGAUCUCCAGCAUUAUUUUAAUUUUACUACGAUUAUUCUAAUUCGUGCGUUUGUCACAUCCUCCCUACCCCAAAACAAAAGAGUUGGGAAAAAAGUACAAGUUCUACCGUUUUAUUCACAAGAGCAAUUAAACCAAUUUGAAAAAAACAAAAAAAAA